AUGUCUUUCCAUAUUCCCGAUACCUCCUCCCCCAAUGUCUUGUACGCCCGCUCUCUUCUGUCCUUCAGAAGCUGUGUGUCAUGUCCCUCUACAUCACCGUCUUGCCCUUCCUGCGACGAUGGCUAUACAUGCACGAUGACCAGUCAGUCAUGUACUGCGUGUGCCAGCACCCAAUGUGUCAAGUCUCCAACAUCUAGCGACAGCUCUAGCUCAAACAACCCGGGUGGAGGAGGCAGCGACGCCGGGGCGAUCGCGGGAGGAGUCAUUGGUGGUGUUGCAUUUAUUGCCAUCGUGACGUUCCUUGUGUGGUGGUUCUUCAUCCGGAAGAAGCGCCAGGAACAGGCAGCCAGUGUGGGAGAGAAGGCCAGCACAUUCAACGACGCCCGACAGUCGAGAAAAUCGACCCAUUCGAUCGCAUCUACCGUCCUAACUCGCGCCUCCAAUGUGAUUCAAAUCGCAUAUAUCCCCGGUGUCACCAACCGCUCGCCCCCAGAAACUCCAGGCCACCUCGUGCCGCCUGUUCCUCCGUUGCCCGGUGCCCACCCUGAUCAACACUUCUUCAUGCCCGGCGAUCUUCGCGACUCCACAUGGUCGGAAAUGUCGAACGAACGCCGCAGCAUCGCUCCCAGUUUGCGCAGCAGUGUGGCCACCACUAUCUACCGAAACAAUGCCAUCGUCAGCCCGAUGCCUGCUCAACAGAUCAUGCGCACAAAGGCCGCGGUGGUCAAUAUCAACGGAGCUGCCGAUGCGCCCGCUGUUCCUGCCAUCACCCAGGCACAGCUCGCUAAGGCAGGCGUCACUACGACUACCGCUAACAGUUCCAUUGUCGCACGCACGGUUACCGCCAAGCCGGUCAUGGUGAGAGGUGCCUCGAAGAAAAAGAACAACAACGCCUCUGCGUCCCCCGCCGUCCAGACCAUCGAAGAGCAACCGGAGACAAAUAGCGCGGCUGCGUCCAAGUCGCCUAGUACCCAAGAAAAGGAAGAGACGCCUACUUCGGGCUUCGACGCCAAUUCCUCGGAUGAAGAAGACUCCGCACCAAAGACCACACCGGCACAGAACACCAGCAAGACAGAGACAGCUAAGGAGGAGACACAAUCACGACCCGCUACCGUGAUCGAAGAUUCGCCAGCCGUCAGCCAGAGUCCUUUCCAGGACCAACCCGCAGAGACCGAUCGCCGAGCGUCUGCCCGAGCGUCAUCUUUGCUCGAGAGACCCGAAGGUACCCAGUCUAACCGAAGCAGUCGACACCUCCCACCGCGAGUCGAGAGCCCAUUCUCUGACGCCAACGAGGUGAAAUGA